AUGGUCUUUAAAUAAAUAAAAAACCAAUACAGUCAAAGAAAGUUAAAUUCUCCAAGAAAAUCAUUUCAUUAUACAGGUAAUUUAAUAUGUUAAAUUAUAUAGAUCUCGUCUGUGAAAAUGGUGCAAUCACAGUUGAAAAAUUUUAAGCAGCAUAAUAUUUUGCAUUUCUGUUUACCUUCUUAGGGGAUUUAAAAUUCUUUAACUAUCCAUUUUUAUUUAAAUGA